CAAACAAGAAAAGGUUAACAACCUGAGCUAACUUCAUGGUUACAUCCAGCAUUAAAAAAUGUAGCCAAAAUUCUGCACUGCAUUUUAGAUUGUCGCAGAUCGAAUGGUAUAAUAAACAGCGGUCAACACAACAACCGAGCCAGUUUUCCUUGUGGUUAAACUCGUUUGACGGGAUCUCCAAGACGAUUAGGUAUACACAGCAGUCACAUAUAAAAUUGUGUUCUUAUAGGCAACACACAACCCUUAGUUUUUUUUCAAGUGUCUUUAACCCGUCUCCCUCCCAUGGGGUAGGUGUCCUUGUCUAUUUCUUGUAUGUCUGUCGGCCGUGUAGUCUUCAUUCAGGUAGUUCCAAUAAGGGAGGUCCUAAGAAAAAUCAACCUUUUCACUUUUCGUCGGAAUUCUGACCAAAGUUUUUUAGUCUUUCGUCCAACUUCGUCGUAGGUGACGGCCAAACAGACAAGAUGAAGCGUCGCUUGAGAGACUAUUACUUCAUUUGUUUUUUUACGACGGGUUUGAUAUUGAUUUCGUUGCAUCACUUCAACAACAGCAGUGCAGACAACACGAUCAGCAAUUGCAAAACAAAUUCAGCAGAGAGCGACGCUACUAAACAACAUCAGGAUUGUAUUCCGGACUACGAUGAAGUCGACCAGGAACUGAUGGCCACUUACCCGUGGAUUGACGAUCCCACCUGCCGACAUUUCGCCGUUCAGUUUGCGAAGAAUAAAACGCGGCCGAAAUGGGCUUUAACUUCUUUCCCCGGAAGUGGAGUGACUUGGACGCGCCAGUUGAUUGAGGGAGUAACGGGGAUUUAUACCGGGACCGUCUACGGAAAAGCAGAAUCUCCGAUCGUCACAACCGGUCACCAUGGGAAUGAGGCUGACCUGAAUUGCGAAUGCACAAUUCUCAUCAAGGAUCACGACGUUGGUCUGCCUGAUUUCGCAUCCUUCCCAACUAUAAGGAACAACCUCGUAAAGGACAACCAAACCAGGAAAGACAACAAGAAAAGAGGUCCCAUUAGGAGUUUCCUCUACGACAACCGCGGGAUUUUACUCCUCCGCAAUCCCAUGGACGCAUUAUUCACCUUCGCCCAUUUCCUGGGAUCGUCUGGAAAUCACACGGGCGUGGUGUCAUCUAGCGAUUUCGUGGGGCCCCAGUUCGACAAUUACGUCGACUACGUGGCCGACACUUGGGCGGAUCACGCCGUCGGUUGGAUCCAGGACAUCCAAAACGGGACCGUCCUCUUUUACGAGCGGCUCCUGUUGGAAGAUACUGCGGCCGAAUUGACACGAUUGUUGAGUGUCAUCGGCUUCAGCGAUCCUCACCAUCCGCCAGUCGAUCCGGAGCGGAUGCGCUGCACUCUGUUGCACAAGAAUCGAGCGGAUCGCAAGCGCACCGAAAAACCAGUGAUACCGUUGACGCCCAAUCACCGGUCCAAGUUGAUGUCGGCCAUCGAACGAGUUCAGGAGAGUCUACACAAGAAAGGCUGGCCGUUACUUCCAGUUUACCUCUACGAUCUACGACACAAGGAGAAUCCUGGCGUCUAAUAAUUACGAUGGAAUCUUCAAUCAAUUUUUCCUGCCGCAGCCGGUUUUAUUUGAAUAUAAAUUUACAUGUUUAUCAGAAAAGCUGGCCU